ACAUUUGGUACAUUCCAUGAUGGCGGCGCCCACUGUGCGGCACGGGUUGCUCCUGGCCCGGAAUGUGGCUCUGUCUCAGUUCUCCCUGGCAGGUAAAAGAUGUCUGCUCUCCGCAGCUUAUGUGGAUAGCCAGAAGUGGGAAGCAAGAGAAAAAGAGCUUUGUAAUCUAGCUGAUCUGGCCUCUUUAAUGGAUAGAACAUAUGAGAAAAAGCUGCCUGUCAGUUCUCUGACAAUUUCACGGUUCGUGGACAAUGUUUCAUCCCGAGAAGAGAUAGACCAUGCUGAAUAUUACCUUUACAAGUUUCGUCACAGUCCCAACUGCUGGUACCUGAGAGACUGGACCAUACACACCUGGAUUAGACAGUGCCUCAAAUAUGGCGCACAAGACAAAGCCUUGUAUACACUCGUCAAUAAGGUACAAUAUGGAAUUUUCCCAGAUAACUUUACAUUCAACUUACUCAUGGAUUAUUUUAUAAAGAAAGAAAAUUAUGAAGGUGCUUUAGCAGUGGUUUUCCAGAUCAUGCUUCAGGAAGACUUUGACACGCCCUCCACCCAGCUGCUCUCCCUCUAUGUUUUGUACCAGUGUUUAGCAAAGAAGCCAGAAUUCAGCUGGGAGGAGGAGAGAAAUUUUGGAGCAUCCUUGUUGCUGCUGGGCCUCAAACAGGAGAACACUGUGUACUUGAGUUCGCGCUUGUACGGCUGUGCACUUCUGGGAAAAGUAGAACUGCGCCAAGGGCUGCGGGCUGUGUUCCGGGACAUGCCUUUAAUGUGGACUCCUGGGUAUCUGGACAGAGCUCUCAAGGUCAUGGAGGACGUGGCAUCUUCCCCAGGAGACAUGAAGCUGUGUAAAGAAGCUCUCGAUGCGCUGGAGACGGUGCUGACGUCUCUGCUGACUUCUCCUUCGGAUGGGCCUCCUGCAGAAGGCACUCAGGAAUCUGAAGUCAAGGCCCAGGAAUCAGAACCAAGUGAUCAGUUAGACCCAGAGGAGAGUGAGCAGUCCAAACUGCCCAAAUACCUGGACCGGUUUAAGUUGUUAUACUCCAAGCUUCAGGCUCUGGGCAGAGUGGAGACAGAAGCCCUGUUGACCCUGACCACCCAGCUGGUGCAAGAAAAGCUGCCGGCCUGUGAGUCGGAGGACAUCCAGAACUACGAGCAGAAGCUGAAGCAGUGGGAGCAGGAGCAGGCGGAGCUCAUCGAGAGGGAAAAGGCGACCCGGGAAAAGGCCCGACAAGAGCAGGAGGCCCGGAAAGCCGCCAGGGCAUCUGCUUAGGCCCUCCCCUCCCACCUCCCUGACAUGCUGUUGAUUUCUCCCACAAUAAACUUGAGUGCACACGAUCAUUAA